AUGUGCUGUAUUCCUGGACUUUCUGACUCGAGCUUUGCCUGUGUUCCGGGUGGCGUGACCUCGAUUACUUUAUCGGUGCAUUGUGAACACAAUGCGUCUUGUGGCCAGAGUGUCGAGUCAUGUGGUGUCUUGGCUGGCGUGUUGGAACAGGACACGAUCAAUGAUCCAUUGUCGCAGGUCAAGGCCAUUUUUAUCAACUCGCUGUGGAUACUGUAUUGUAUCGUUGAGGGUCAAUGA